GUGCGCUACGACAACUACCACGCUGCGAUUCCACCAUGUCCAUCGACUUUCCCAAGGAGGAGGAGACUAUCCUCAAGCGAUGGAAAGAGAUUAAUGCCUUCCAGAGGCAGGUUGAACUCUCAAAGGGUCGAAAACCGUACACCUUCUACGAUGGUCCCCCGUUCGCUACCGGUCUCCCCCAUUAUGGCCAUUUGUUGGCUUCCACCAUCAAAGACAUUAUUCCCCGAUACUGGUCAAUGAAGGGUCACUAUGUCGAGCGACGAUUCGGUUGGGAUACACACGGUGUGCCCAUCGAGUACGAAAUCGACAAGAAACUGGGCAUGUCUGGGUUGGAAGCCGUCGAGAAACUUGGCAUUGAAAAGUACAACGAAGAGUGUAGGGCCAUUGUCAUGAGGUUUGCGUCUGAAUGGCGAGAAACCAUUGAGCGGCUUGGCCGCUGGAUUGACUUCGACAAUGACUACAAGACUAUGAACACCUCGUUUAUGGAAUCCGUGUGGUGGGUUUUCAAGCAGCUGUUCGACAAAGGACUUGUUUACAAGGGCUUCCGUGUCAUGCCCUACUCGACUGCGCUAAACACCCCGCUUUCCAACUUCGAAGCUCAGCAAAAUUACAAGGAUGUUCAGGAUCCCGCCAUUGUGGUCACAUUUCCCCUCCUGGAUGAUCCAGAGACAUGUCUUCUCGCGUGGACAACCACGCCCUGGACCCUGCCCUCCAACACGGCCCUCGCGGUACACCCGGAUUUCGAAUAUAUCAAAAUCUUUGAUGAAGCUUCCGGAAAGCACUACAUCUUGCUCGAGUCUCUGCUUCGAACUAUCUAUAAGGACCCCAAGAAAGCCAAAUUCAAAAUUGUCUCGAAAUUCAAGGGAUCAGAGAUGAAAGAUUGGAAGUACCAGCCUCUUUUCAACUACUUUUACGAGACCUUCAAGGACCACGGGUACCGCGUCCUGAACGCCACAUAUGUCACUGCCGAUGACGGUACUGGUAUUGUCCACCAGGCUCCUUCGUACGGUGAGGAUGAUUACAAGGUCGGUGUGGAAGGAGGUGUUAUUGACGAGACCCGCCCUCCGCCUAACCCGGUCGACGACAUGGGCUGCUUCACAUCCGAGGUUCCCGAGUUCCAGGGCCAACAUGUCAAGGCUGCCGACAAAGCUAUCAUCAAGCAUCUUAAGGGCACUGGACGUCUGCUUGUCGACAGCCAGAUUACUCACAGUUACCCGUUUUGUUGGCGUUCGGACACUCCGCUGAUCUACCGGGCGGUUCCUUCAUGGUUUGUCAAGAUCCAACCCAUUAUCCCCAAGAUGCUCGAGGGUAUCGAAGACUCGCACUGGGUUCCCAGCGCCGUCAAGGAUAAGAGAUUUGCUAGCUGGAUUCAGAACGCUCGUGACUGGAACAUCUCUCGUAAUCGAUUCUGGGGUACUCCGCUGCCUCUUUGGGCCAACGAGGACUUCAGCGAAGUUGUCGCUGUUGGCAGCAUUCAGGAGCUUAAAGAGCUCAGUGGCUACGAAGGGGAGAUCACUGACAUUCAUCGCGACAAGGUGGAUAAGAUUACAAUCCCGAGCAAGAAGGGGAAUGGUGUUCUUCGUCGCGUCAGUGAAGUGUUCGACUGUUGGUUUGAAUCAGGUUCGAUGCCGUACGCUCAGCAACACUAUCCGUUUGAAAACAAGGAGCAAUUCGAGAAGAGCUUCCCCGGUGACUUCAUUGCCGAGGGUCUGGACCAAACUCGUGGCUGGUUCUACACCUUGACCGUCCUUGGCACCCAUCUAUUCGGUAAGCUGCCCUUUAAGAACUGUGUAGUGAACGGUAUCGUGCUUGCAGAAGAUGGAAAGAAGAUGUCCAAGCGGUUGAAGAACUAUCCCGACCCGUCGCUUAUCAUGGACCGGUAUGGUUCGGAUGCCCUCCGGCUCUACCUCAUCAACUCUCCUGUUGUUCGAGCGGAGCCUCUGCGCUUCAAGGAGUCUGGUGUCAAGGAGAUUGUUGCCAAGGUUCUCCUUCCUCUAUGGAACAGUUACAAGUUCUUUGAGGGUCAGGCAGCUCUUCUCAAGAAGACCGCGGGAAUUGAUUUCAUGUGGGACCCUAAAGUCGAAGCUACCAACACCAACGUCAUGGACCGUUGGAUCUUAGCCAGCUGCCAGAGUCUGCUCAAGUUCGUUAACCAGGAGAUGGCGGGAUACCGUCUGUACACCGUCGUUCCUCGCCUUCUAGGCCUCAUUGAAAACACCACGAACUGGUACAUCCGAUUCAACCGAAAGCGUCUCAAGGGAGAAAACGGUGUGAAUGACACUUUGCAUGCUCUGAACACGCUCUUCGAGGUUCUUUACACCUUGGUUAGGGGACUUGCCCCAUUUACACCUUUCCUCACCGAUAACAUCUAUGGGCGUCUUCUCCCCCACAUUCCUGAAGCCAUCCGCGGCGAGGACAGCCGGAGCGUUCACUUCCUUCCCUUCCCCGAAGUCCGUGAGGAGCUGUUCGAUGAAGUUGUUGAGAGAAGAGUCGCACGGAUGCAAAAGGUCAUUGAAAUGGCCCGUGUUUCGCGCGAGCGUCGGUCUCUUGGUCUGAAGACCCCGUUGAAGUCCCUCGUUGUGAUCCAUCAGGAUCAGCAAUACCUUGACGAUGUGAAGUCCCUGGAGGGCUACAUCCUUGAGGAGAUCAACAUCCAGGAGCUCAUUCUGUCCACCGACGAAGAGAAGUACAACGUGCAGUACAGCGUGUCCGCUGACUGGCCGACACUUGGUAAGAAGUUGAAGAAGGAUGCACAAAAGGUCAAGAAGGCUCUGCCCUCGUUGACCAGCGAUGAUGUGAAGAAGUUUGUUGCCGAAAAGACGAUUCUUGUUGACGGCAUUGAGCUCGUUGAAGGAGACCUUGUUGUCAAGAGAGGUCUUAAGCAGGACGCUUCCGCCGAGGAUAAAGAGCCCGCUGCUGAUGCCGACGUCUUGACUAUUCUCGAUGUCAAGUUGUACCCCGAACUAGCUCACCAGGGUCUUGGUCGAGAAAUCGUCAACCGACUUCAGCGUCUCCGUAAAAAGGCUGGCUUGGUCCCUACUGAUGACGUCAAGAUGGAAUACGUCGUUCUCUCGGACCCAGACAAUAUCGGCAUUGCAGAGGCUUUCAACACUCAGGCUUCGGUCAUUGAAAAGGCGGUGCGUCGGCCGCUUGAGAAACGUGAUUCAGCUGAUGGCAAGUUGCCCAGCGCAGACGAGGAGGGUAUGAUCAUGCAAGAGGAGCAGGAAGUACAGAACGCCACUUUCUUAUUGCGGCUGCUGAAGCUGUAGAUGGGGUAGACAGAAAUAAUUUACUUUCUAGACCCAGAUAUCACUUGGUAGAAAUCUUAAUGUUCCCAAAAUAGCA